AAACUAUUCAAUAUUACAGUAUUAGGCUUUAUGUUUAUUUUUGUUUCAUCGAUAACAAAAAAGUACAAAACCAAAUACUCAUACAUUUGUGUCGUCACCCCCAAAAUGAUAAUAGAAUGUUCCAGGAUGCCGCAUCUUCACGUGACUGGUCACAAGGUGACAAAAUGGCGCGGAUUGCGGACGAUGUUUUGCAUGUUCUUGUUAUAUUUUCCGUGAUUUUGACGGCGUCAUGCUUUUCUCCGCCGAUCAAAAGAUUGUGGUCGUUAGGGGAAGACCCAGAGGUUCAUAUGAAUGCGACUCAGUUGAUCACUAGCAAAGGAUAUCCAUGUGAAGAUUAUACAGUGAAAACCGACGAUGGCUUCUUGCUGGGAGUGCAGCGCAUUCCGUACGGCCGCAACGCUACCUCACACAAAGACCAACGCCCCGCCAUUUUCCUACAACACGGACUGCUGUCUGCCUCCACCGAUUGGAUCCUGAAUUUGGCCAAUGAGAGCCUUGCAUUCAUCCUGGCGGAUGCCGGGUUCGACGUGUGGUUGGGGAACAUGCGAGGAAACACGUACUCCCGCAAACAUGUCAAGUACACACCAGAUGAUGAUGAGUUCUGGGACUUCAGCUGGGAUGAGAUGGCCAAGUAUGACCUGCCCGCCAUGGUGACCUUUGCCCUCAACAAAACAGGUCAGAGUUCACUCUACUACGUUGGUCACUCCCAGGGGACGGCCAUCGCCUUCGCACAUCUGUCACAAGACCAGGAGUUUGCCAAAAAGGUAAAGACGUUCUUUGCGCUGGCUCCAGUGGUGACCCUGGGUCACAUCACCAGUCCUAUCAAGUACCUGGCACAGUUUGAUGACAUCAUCUCGGCGAUGUUCCGUAUCUUUGGUGUGGAUGAGUUUCUGCCCAACAGUUGGUGGCUGGACUGGCUGGCCUCGUUCCUGUGUGACAAGUCCACAGAGAAGUACUGUGAGAACAUGCUCUUCCUACUGGUGGGAUUCGAUCCUGUUCAACUAAACGAGACACGACUUCCAGUAUACUUCUCUCACACGCCGGCAGGGACCUCAACAAAGAACAUGGUUCAUUUUGCUCAGAUGGUGAACUCCAACAAGUUCCAAGCUUAUGACUAUGGAAACCCAGAUGACAACAAACAGCAAUACAAUCAGCCCACCGCCCCUGUCUAUCCCAUAGAGAACAUGACCACGCCCGUAGCUCUGUUCUGGGGUGGAAACGACUGGCUAGCUGACCCUACGGACGUCCAGGCCGCCAUUCCGCAUCUCAAGAACGUCGUCUACAACUCCGAGAUCAAGAAUUUCGACCACAUGGACUUCAUCUGGGGGAAGGAUGCCACUAAACUGUACGACCAGAUUAUAAAGAUUAUCCGUAAAACUGAACUGGUGUCGUUUUAUCACUCUGUAUUUGAGCCCGGGCCUGUAGUUAUCCAGCAUUGAUCAGUGUGAAGAGUCUGUACAUGAUGUGUUGAAGAUGGAUUUAUUUAUCUAUUGAGCUUCCUGUAGUUUUUAAUCUCUGCAAGGCCUAGAAAAAAAUGUUGUGUUGUCCUGUUACCUGACCGACUCUAGCAAAUCUUGCUGACCCUAGCCAUUUUGUGGGUCGACUGGCAACUGACAUAAAUUUUUAACCUGACAUUUUGAGUGAUAAAAUUCAAAAUAUACUUCCUGUACUUCACAACCUAAAUAAGACUGUUCAGCUGUAAACAUUGUACUUCUUUGUUCAAUGUUUUGAUAUACUGAUUCAUGUACAAAAUAUCUGUACUAUAACUGCAACGUUAAUGUUGUGUCAGUGUGCUGUAAACUGUAACUUUUUCUAUGAAAGCUCAUCUGUGAUGAAGUACAAUCUAUGAUGAAGUUUUUGUACUUCAGUUCAACGCAAUGCAAAAUGGCUCACCUUGAAUUUUUUAUGCUCUUAUGUUGGUCUUUAGAAACACAACAUUCAUUUUUGUAAACCUUAAUGUUUUU